AUGUUUUACUGACUGGCCGUCAUAUAAUUGAAGCUAAUGCAUUUGAACAAAACAUAAUUGGUAGGCUUCAUGCCUGUGUAUCUUAUUUUUGAUCAUGCAAUUUCAUUGCAACUGAUAGCUAUGGUAAAAUUGUAGACUGUUUAAAAAUAAAACACAAAAUUCAUCAUGGUUGCUAUAGCGAAAUCUGCUGUCAAGUCGUAGGUAGCCUAAAGUCUGGCGCUGCAUGAUCGAAUGUACACAGCUUGCGCCGCGGAACACCCGCUGGAACACCCUUGGAACCCCGCUGACACAUCCGCUGGAACACCCGCUGGAACCCCGCUGGAACCAAGCAUGAGAAGGUGUUGGAAGCUAGCUAACGCGAGCUGUUAGCCAACGAGGUCAUAUCGUAGACAUGUCUUGAGAAUGGCACUGUGCUGAUAGGUUACCUACCAAUCAGCAGAAAACAACACUGGAGAUCAGAUGAUCUGAAACAUGAAGGGUGAGGGUUUUAACACAAGAUAAGACCAGCUCUUUUAAGGUAGGAAGCAACAUUGAUUUGUCAAUUUUUCAAUCAAAUAUUCAUAUUUUUCCCCCUUUUGUUAACGAGUCCACAUUAGGUAGAUAAAGUGUGGUACUGAGUUUCUAUAUCUUCUGUCUAUAUCCUCAGCCAUACAUGUUUCUGUAUUCAAAUAAACUAGGUUUAGUGUUUCCUUUAUCCACAUCCUGUUUGAAGAAGCUUCCUCAUUUGCCUUACAUCCUGAUGACAAGACUGGAUGCCUUUCAUAUCGAACAGACCAUGGCUGUUUUCCUAGUUGUUAUUGUUAGCUGCAUGUUUACUGACAUUAAUGAUGUUAGACAGUGAUAGCAGAAAAAGUUAAGUGCCUUGUAUAGCACAUGUUGUUGCACUCUCAGGGAAAGGGAAAACUCUGGUAUUUGGUCACAAAUGUCAUUGGCUCUCGCUGUAUGUGGAGGAGAAAUAACUUGACUCCCGGAGACAGAAAUGCUUCUGUCUGUCAUAUGACUGACUGAGUAGGCUAGAUCAUCAUGGACAUCGAUGGAAAUAAACAUGAUUUAUCAUCACAGUUAUCAUAACAUCGGCUAGUUUGUCAUUAGGUGUAGUGUUUUGAUGGGUCAGUUUCCACUGGUGAAUUGUGGCUAGUUCCUAUUCUGUCUAGUAGGGGUGAGGGCAAGAGGGUCUUAGGGUGGCAGGUAGACUAGUGGUUAGAGUGUUGGGCCAGUAAGCUAAAGGUCUCAAGUUCAAAUCCCUGAGCUGACAAGGUGUCUUGGGGAGAGUGGGAUAUGCAAAAAUAAAUAAUUACUAUUCACGUGUGUAUUAAUACACACUUGUACAUGUGUGAAAUAGGACAAAUAUAAGCGCCCACCAAAUUAUUAUAAAUUAAAAUUAACUACAGUCACACGACAGCAAGAGGCGGGACUGCAUAUAGUCUACUGUAUGAUGUUUUUCUUCCAUAUAAUUCUAAUGCACUGUUACUCUUUUCCACUUCAGGAGAUAAGGAACUAUUUUCUAUUAACUUUGUGUGUGAGGACUACAGAAAUGCCUCCUAGACCUUCUUCUGGUGAAUUAUGGGGCAUCCAUUUGAUGCCCCCCCGGAUCUUUGUGGACUGCUUGUUGCCAAACGGGAUAAUCCUGACCCUCGAGUGCCUCCGUGAGGCUACGCUCAUCACCAUCAAACAUGAAGUGUUCAAGGAGGCCAGGAAGUACCCCCUGCAUCACCUACUACAGGAGGAGACCUCUUACAUAUUUGUCAGUGUUACGCAGGAGGCAGAACGAGAAGAGUUCUACGAUGAAACUAGGAGACUAUGUGAUCUCAGGCUCUUUCAGCCUUUUCUGAAGGUCAUCGAACCAGUUGGUAACCGAGAGGAGAAAAUUCUGAACAGAGAAAUUGGAUUCGCCAUUGGUAUGCCUGUUUGCGAGUUUGACUUAGUAAAGGACCCUGAGGUGCAGGACUUCAGGAGGAAUAUUCUUAACGUCUGUAAGGAUUCAGUAGAACUCCGAGAUGCCAAUGGACCCCAUAGUCGGGCUUUAUAUGUCUACCCUCCCAAUGUUGAAUCGACACAAGAACUUCCAAAGCACAUCCAUGGCAAACUGGACAAAGGUCAAAUCAUUGUAGUGAUCUGGGUGAUUGUCUCACCCAACAAUGACAAGCAGAAAUACACCCUGAAGAUCAACCAUGAUUGUGUGCCAGAACAGGUGAUAGCUGAGGCCAUCAGGAAGAAGACCAGGAGCAUGCUGUUGUCCCCUGAACAACUCAAGAUGUGUGUGCAAGAGUACCAGGGCAAGUACAUCCUCAAGGUGUGCGGCUGUGACGAGUACCUCCUGGAGAAAUUCCCCCUGAGUCAAUAUAAGUAUGUGAGGAGUUGCAUCAUGCUUGGCAGGAUGCCCAACCUCAUGCUGAUGGCGAAGGAUAGCCUUUAUUCUCAGUUACCCAUGGACAACUUCACCAUGCCCUCGUACGCCCGGCGCAUCUCCACCGCCACCCCGUACAUGAACGGAGAGUCCUCCACCAAGUCUCUGUGGACCAUCAACGGAACCCUGCGGAUACGAGUGCUCUGUGCCACAUACGUGAAUGUGAACAUUCGGGAUAUAGAUAAGAUUUAUGUGCGAACCGGCAUCUACCAUGGAGGGGAGCAGAUGUGUGACAACGUGAACACGCAGCGUGUGCCAUGCUCUAAUCCCAGGUGGAACGAGUGGCUGACCUACGACAUGUACAUUCCCGACAUCCCCCGGGCGGCCCGCCUCUGUCUCUCCAUCUGCUCUGUGAAAGGCAGGAAAGGGGCGAAGGAGGAGCACUGUCCGCUGGCGUGGGGGAACGUCAACCUGUUUGACUACACUCACACCCUGGUCUCUGGUAAAAUGGCUCUGAACCUGUGGCCUGUACCCCACGGCCUGGAGGACCUACUCAACCCCAUCGGAGUCACAGGCUCCAACCCCAACAGGGAAACUCCUUGUCUAGAGCUGGAGUUUGACUACUUCAGCAGUCCUGUCAAGUUCCCAGACAUGACCACCGUGGAGGGACAUGCUAACUGGACCAUAUCCAGGGAGCUAGGUUUCAGCUACUGCCAAUCAGGCCAGAGUAACAGAGUGGCGCGAGACCACGCCUUAACGGACAGUGAUAACGAGCAGCUGAGACAGGUGUGCAACCGAGACCCCCUGUCUGAGAUCACAGAGCAGGAGAAGGACUUCCUCUGGAGGCACAGGCACUACUGUGUAAAUAUACCCGAAAUCCUGCCCAAGAUCCUGCUGGCUGUGAAGUGGAACUCCAGAGAUGAAGUAGCACAGAUGUAUUGCCUUCUGAAGGAUUGGCCAGCAAUAAAACCAGAGCAAGCCAUGGAGCUGCUGGAUUGUAACUAUCCAGACCCAAUGAUCCGUGACUUUGCUGUUCGGUGCCUUGAGAAGUACUUGACCGAUGAUAAACUCUCUCAGUACCUCAUUCAGUUGGUCCAGGUUCUGAAAUAUGAGCAGUACCUUGAUAACCCACUGGUACGAUUUCUACUGAAAAAGGCCUUGACUAACCAAAGGAUAGGACACUUCUUUUUCUGGCACUUAAAGUCUGAGAUGCACAAUAAGACGGUGAGUCAGCGGUUCGGCCUGCUGCUGGAGUCCUACUGCCGGGCGUGUGGCAUGUACCUGAAGCACCUGAGCAGACAAGUGGAGGCCAUGGAGAAACUCAUCAACCUCACCGACAUUCUCAAACAGGAGAAGAAGGACGAGACUCAGAAGGUGCAGAUGAAGUUUCUGGUGGAGCAGAUGAGGAGGCCAGACUACAUGGACGCCCUGCAGAAUUUCACCUCCCCCCUCAACCCUGCACACCAGCUGGGAAACAUACGGCUUGAGGAGUGCAGAAUCAUGUCAUCUGCCAAAAGACCACUGUGGCUCAACUGGGAAAACCCUGACAUCAUGUCCGAGCUCCUCUUCCAGAAUAAUGAGAUCAUAUUCAAAAACGGAGACGACCUGCGACAGGACAUGCUAACACUUCAGAUCAUCAGAAUCAUGGAGAACAUUUGGCAGAACCAGGGUCUAGACCUCAGGAUGUUGCCGUACGGCUGCAUGUCUUUAGGUGACUGUGUGGGGCUGAUCGAGGUGGUGCGGAGCUCUCACACCAUCAUGCAGAUCCAGUGUAAAGGUGGCUUGAAGGGGGCGCUACAGUUCAACAGCUCAACACUACACCAAUGGCUCAAAGACAAGAACAAGGGAGAGAUGUAUGACCUUGCCGUUGACUUGUUUACGCGAUCCUGUGCUGGGUAUUGCGUGGCGACUUUCAUCCUAGGCAUCGGUGACAGACACAACAGUAACAUAAUGGUGAAGGAUGAUGGGCAGCUUUUUCACAUAGAUUUUGGCCAUUUUUUGGAUCACAAGAAAAAGAAAUUUGGCUACAAGCGAGAGCGAGUUCCGUUUGUCCUAACUCAAGACUUCUUGAUUGUGAUCAGCAAAGGGACCCAGGAGUGCACGAAGACCAGAGAGUUUGAGAGAUUUCAGGAGAUGUGCUAUAAGGCCUACUUGGCCAUUCGUCAGCAUGCCAACCUCUUCAUCAACCUGUUCUCCAUGAUGCUGGGCUCCGGGAUGCCCGAGCUCCAGUCCUUCGAUGACAUCGCCUACAUCCGUAAAACCCUGGCCCUGGACAAGACUGAGCAGGAGGCCCUGGACUACUUCAUGAAGCAAAUGAAUGACGCCCACCAUGGCGGCUGGACCACCAAGAUGGACUGGAUUUUCCACACCAUCCGCCAGCACGCGCUUAACUAAGUCCAGGCAGGACAUCCGCCAGCCCUGCCCGGCCAAACACACCAGCCAGCUGUGAGUGGAACAUCCAAACCUCAUGAACUAAUGGGUGAUGCUUGACUAUCCUAUCGAGCACUUAACAAUCCAGAGUGAUUUUCGUUUUUUUUUUUACUGUAUUGGUUUUCCCUGCAGAAACUUACCAACUAACUCGCCUUGUCUAAAACGGUAGUUUUUUUGCCUGUAAUAUUUUUUUUAACCUUUUGUGUGUGCUUUUUUCUUCUAAUAUAAAUCUUCCCUCGUUCCUUUCCUUUUUGUAAAAGAGAAGAGUUUGCCGUCCCCUUUACAGGGUCACGUGUAUAGAUGUCUUCCUGUAACGUUAAUGCCUUUUUAAUAUGCACGGAACAUCCCAGAAAAAAACGGUAUGAAUUCAGUCAUUUUUAGAUGUACAGCCUACUCCACCUGUUGUAAAAACUUUAAAAAAGAUAACCCCCUGAAAGGCAGCACCUUGAGUGUUACAUUGUGGCCCAAUAGCUCUAUUGGCUGGUCAUUUCUGGCACCACAGUUUUUAAAUCCAUUGUCAUACUCCUUCCUUUGGCAUCAUAUUUAGCAGUAACAGCAGAUUAUAUUUUUAGAAACCUAUACAUGUAUACCUCUGCAUGUGUAUACACACACACUGUGGGCCCAGCCUGUGAUACUAUGAUAAAGUACAGCAGUACAGAAAGUAAUGAAUGCACUGUCAAGAAAACCUUGCAGUUUAAAAAUGAAGCCUUAAUGUAGUUGACGUACAAUGAGCAAGGGCUGGAUUUCUCCCUCUUGUGUCUUGGAGGUCAAUGGUAAAAUACCUCUGUUGCUCAGUGAGACGUCAUCAUAAUGAAUGUUGAGAAGUGCAUUAAGCUAGACAGACAUAGUCACCUCGUGAAACUGAUGCUUUCAUCAUGCAUGUCAGUAGUGCAGUUGGAUUGUGAACUAUACGAAUGUUACAGUGCUAUGUGUUGGCAUGGGGAGAAUCAGCAGUACAGUAUGUGAACAUAAAACUAUUUGUACAUGUUGGAAAGUGGAUGAAGGCUGUCCCAAGGCAGCUAGUCAGUGUUGUUUGUGUGGGCACCCCUCCCUCUCUCUGUGUGGAGUGGACCCCUCUGAUUAUUCUUUAUUAUGAGUAAACCUUUUGAUAAUUGUUGGACCUAGGCAACUCUGAAUAGGAGCUGUGGGAAAGGUUUCUAUUCCAUAAUGGCUUCUCAAAGUCCAAACCCCUUUCAAAUGAAGGACAUUAAUUUGGGGUAAAAACCCUGUAUUCUCAUUCUCCAGCGUAACUCUGUGAUCUAUGCUGUUGAGAAAUAAGGUGGCAUUUUAAAGAAGUGUCUCCUUUAUGGCAGAUUUUCCCCAACCUAAGAAAAAAUACGCACUUUUGUUUUCCCUUUUCAAAUAUGUUUUGUUGAUUCAAUGAAAGCCAAAGUUAAGUCUCUAAUGUUGUGUGAAUCGCUCAAUGGUUAUCUGCAUUACUAUAAAAAGCCUAAGGACUAACGCAUGCAUAUAUUUGCCUCUAUAUGUAUCAGUUAUGUUAUGAGGAAAGGGGCAUGUAGUGAACAAGUGUUGUGACCAGAGGUUAUAGGAUUUUGGUGUUUAGAUUGUAAACUGUCUUUUUAAACUACCAGAAAAAAAUUAGGGACACUUGUGCCUGCUUAGUAUUUCAGAAUUCUAACUCUCAAAUACAACAUGUCACAAUUAAUAUUUCUAAUACCCUAGAGGUAAUAUACUUGACAUGGCUUUAAACUGCAUUAUAAAUGCCUAUGUUUGCAAAUGUUGUCUCAAAGUAGACCUUUCCUCCUAAAGAUAUAGCCUGGGAAUGAGGUUCUCUAAAGUAUACUAUUGUGGUGGUAUUCCAGACUUCAUAUGCAUUCAUGAUAUGGGAGUAGUCUUCUGAAAACAUAUUGUUCCCUUAUGCAGUAAACCAAUCAACUGGUAUAGAGAUCGACAGUUGCUGAUGCAGGUGGAUUUUGCACUUUUUUAACGCCUUUGGUCCUACAGUAGUUUGAGUGCAGGUCUUUUUUAAGCAUAAGCAAUAGUAUCCCUUUCUAUCUGAGAUUUGUCAGAUGCAUUAGACGCUUAUAGUAGUCACCAGCCUUUUGUUAGCUCUUCAAAUGCCAUUAAUUGCAUGGUUGUAUUAACUUUGUGUGUGUGUGUGCAUUAAUAUGGAUCUGUACAGGUUAUAGAUUUUCUUGGGCUGGACCCAUUUAAAAGCCCAUUCAUAAUGUCAAUGUAAUACAGUGAGUGUGGUAAAUGCUUUGUAAACCUUUUCCACUUGCUGAACAGCACCAGGGAAGAUAUUGUGAUGCUGUACUUGAAACAUCAUUUGUUAGAAAAGAUAACUUUUCAUGUUUCAGCUUCAAAAGUUUUACUUGAAAUGUAAUUGUUCUGAACCAUGUUUGUAUGUUGAAAACAAAGCUGUCAUAGCCAUGUGGUAUAUAGCACUGAGGGUUAGCACAGGCAAAUCCAUACCGAUUGUGAAUGUUAACAUUUGGUCAUCUUACAAGUCUCUUUACAGUUGGAGAUUCUAAAAUACGUGUUGACUUGGGCCAUACGAUGAUGUAGAAGGAAAUAACCAAUUUAAUGUGUAAAUGAUGUAAACAAUUUGUUAUUUAAGAAAAGGUUCAAGUGUCAUUUUUUUGUUUUACUGAAACGUCUGGAGUGGUUAAAUCUCUUCAUUUAAUACAGGUUUAUAGACGUAUUGAAUUGUAUUUUUCAUAUAUUUUGUCAUUACUAUCAACAAAGCUACUAUGAUUGUAUUAUUACACAGCCAUCCUGCAUGAGUUUGUUAAAAUAAUAUACUUUUAUUUAUUCUGCUAAGCAGCUAUAAAGAAAGUUUGGCACUAGGAACAACUAAUAAUAAUCCAACCUCUAACCCAUGACAUACUGUACUUGCAUUAUCAAAUACAGUAUUCUUUGUUUCUGUUUGCUUCUAAGUUAAAUACUUGCAUUGUAUCCAGACUGACUACAAUUAUUUGAGUGUUACGUAACAAUGUACAAAUAAACUUCUCAGUUACAGUAAGUACUUACUUACUUUUGUGGAUAGUAUGUUGCUUUACAGAAUAACACAGCACCCAGCACAAUUUCAUACAUUUAGUUAUUUAUUUUUAGUAUCAAAUUGCCAAACAGUUAAUAUGUACUUUGACAAAUUUGAGGAAAUGCAAAAGUAAGAUUGAACUGCAUUGUCAAAAAGAGAAUAAAAUGAUUAUUUUUUUUAUUUCAAAUCAGCAGGUGUGCUUAUGAUACAAAUGCAUUAUACAGCAUUCACUUAUUUUUUCCCCAGCAAGUCUAAAUCACUAAAGCACCCCUCUACCACUGUCGGGGGUGUUGUGCUUUUCUCCUGUGCAGGGCUGGGGAUUGUUAGAGGGACUAACUGCGUCCAGGGCUUGGAGGGGCAGUGGAAAGGGCUCUCUGCAGUAGUGAUGGGGGGCAUGGCUGGCUCUGGGUCUCUGCUAGCUGUGGUGACAGCAGUCAGGCUGAGCUCCUGAGACUCUUCUAAAGACUCCUCUUUCGCUGAAGCAGUUGAGGCUGGAGUUGCUUCGGCAAAAUUGUUGAAGUUCCUCAAGGGAGACCAUCCAGGAGGCCUUCUUCUAAAGAC